AAAAAAUGGGUAUAUUAAAUAAUAAAACUCAAAUUCCAAUAGAGUCUGAAUUAAGUGAUUCAGACAUAGUAGGCCCCAACCAUAAAAAUUGUUCUUACUGUAAUCAACCGUUUAUUGAAGAAGUAUGGUGUAAAACAUGCGACCCAUACAAAAUAAUUGAAGGAUGGACAAGCGAAAAUCCCGAUAUUGAUAAAUUCAUCAAAGAUACGAUGUACGCAAGAAAAUAUGGAACAUGGCUUGAAUGGGUACCAUUUGAUAGGUUUACAAAUAUAGAACAAAUUGGCGAAGGCGGAUUUUCUAAAGUAUAUUCUGCAACAUGGGAAGAUGGUAAGGCAGAGUAUAAAUAUGAACAUGGAAAAUGGAAAAGAUUAAAUUCCAAACCAAUUAAAGUUGCUUUAAAAAGAUUGAAUAGUUCACAUGAAAUGUCAAUUGAAUAUUUAAAUGAGCUUAAAAUACAUUGGGAUGUUUAUUUAGAAGAAAAUUUUACUUUGGGAUUUUAUGGAAUGACCAAAGACCCAGUAACUAAAGAAUUUAUGAUGAUUAUUGAGUUUAUGAAUGGAGGAAGUUUGAGAAGUAUUCUUUUAAAUGAAUUUAACAGAAUUUUAUGGAGCGGUAAAAUUAGAAUUUUAGGUCAUAUAACAUUAUGGCUUAAUAACUUACACAAGUUAGGAUAUUUCCAUAAAAAUCUUCAUAGCGGAAAUAUAUUAAUCUUUAAUAACAGAUAUUAUAAUGGUCGUAAUGGUUAUAUUUCAGAUUUUGGAUUAAUUGGACCAGCAAAUAAACAAAAAUCAAAUGAUAUGAUAUAUGGCAUAUUACCGUAUAUUGCUCCAGAAAUUUUGAAUGGAAAACAAUAUACAUCACCUUCAGAUAUAUAUAGUUUUGGUAUAAUUAUGGCCGAAUUAUCAUCCGGAAAACCACCUUUUUAUAAUAGAAAAUAUGAUUUGAAUUUAGCAUUAGAUAUAUGUAAUGGACUUAGACCAGAAUUUGGAAAAGGGACUCCUGAAAUUUAUAAGAAAUUAGCUUAUAGAUGUAUGAAUUCUAAUCCAAAACAAAGACCAAAAGCAGAUGAAUUAAGUAAAAUAUUAAUAUUUUGGUAUCAUUCUAUUAAUGGAGAAAUUUUUGGUUACAAAGGAA